AUGGCCGAGGAAGGAGAAACGCAGAAACCCAAUAUUGCAGCCAGGGAACGAGGUAAGACGAAAGUUGAGAACAGUCGUAAAUCGAGAAGGAAGGUUGGUUCGAGAGUUGGCGCGGCGCCUACCAAGCUCUCCGGAGUAAUUAAAAGUAUUCAAAAUCAGUCUGCCUUUUUACUUUACUGUCAAAGACCUUUUGAAAGUAGACGAGGUGUUCUCCGGGUGGAGAUUUGAAACGAACGACUUCUACGUUCGAAAACAUGCGUGUUUCAGACACUUGACCAUUUAAGCAACCACAAUUCAAUACCUUUAAGCUUAUAUCACUUCUGCAUACAUGAGAUCUUGUGGCUGUGAAAAUAUUUGCAAAUGUCUAGACUUAUUUUACUUAAAGGACGAAAUUUCUGUAAAAUAGUUCGCUUUUUUAGACUUAAGAUGUCAUUGUAUGGUAGCUUAAAAUAACUACCUGUGCGAAGUGGAAACUUGAUCGUGACAAUUGAAGCUAAAAUCCCCUUUCUCCUACGUAGCAAAACAAUAUGCUCAAAACGGUAUCAUUUCCAUUAUCAAUCGUAAAGGAAGUAAAAUGAGGCUUUUCUUUACUUUCUCUUGCACUAAACAAACUAUUCUGGUGUUUUAUAAUCACACAGCUGCUCGCUAUUUCCCGUGUCAUUUGUGAACUUUUAUGCGCAAUUCGCUAAUUGAUUUCACUGUUAGGAAAGCUUAUUGCCGUCUUGUGGCAGAAAGUAUCCAAAAUAAACCUGUCAGAUCGAAAUUGCGUUUCAUUCAGCACGAUAAAUUGAACAAUUAGACAAAUUUCAUGAGGAAGGGGAAAAUUAGAGGAGCGAUUGCGGCGAAUAUUUCAAUAUUUGAUGGAAAUGUUUACAGUUUUAAUUUUUUACAGCUGGUAAAUUGCUAAACGCUAAAUUGCUGAGGGCUUGUUUCUUUUCUCAACAGGACCCGGACCGGGCAGAUAUGGCCUUCCCUCCACAAUGGGCUUUCAAAAGCACGACUUUUCAAAACGCAUGAAUCCAGCAUACUCCUUUGGACAACGUCUUCCCAACAGUAAGUACUAUAAACAACAAAAGCGAUUAUCACUAGCGAUGCAUUGAAUCGUAUUAGAAGUCAAUUUAUCGCCUUAAGGGUUUUCCCUCAGUUUAUGAAUUAUUUGUUUUCGAAUAAAGUUCUUUAUUAUUUACUUUCAGCGUUUAAAGAUGACUGCAGUCCUGGACCUCAGUAUAAAAUAGAUCCUAGAAUAACUAAAACAGGAUUGGACGGCACCCCAGCGUACUCUAUCCUUGGGCAGCAAAAAGAUCAGGGUAGGUUUAAUAAUGACAAGCACCUGAAGGUCACGCAAAGUAUUAAAAAAAUUGAAGCGCUAAAAUAAUGUGGUAUUUUGCGUUAAACUAUUGGCAAAGAAAUGAGUAGGAUUUUGUAUAGUAUUAUCUUAUGCAGAAAUACACUGGAUGACAAUAUGAAUGCAACCACCUGCUCCCAUUAUUUCAAUUAUCUCUGUUGACUUCUUUAGAUGCAAAUUCGUAAGAAUCAAUAUCCCUACUUCAAAGUCAUUUUGUGGAGCUUGGUGGCACAUUAAGCCACAUCAGGAGAUUAAAAAGAUUGUAAAAGGAAAAAUGGAGGAACAUGUUGCUAAUGAUACUCCCUGGAACAAAUAGGUAGAUUAUUUUGACAAUAUUUGAAUAAAAAAGAAAAAUUAAUCUAAGGAAGGCUCUUAGAAUAAAAUUAAGAUGGAAUCCAUCAGGAAAUUGAGUAAUUUUAAUUUUCAUUGUGACAAAAACCUUGUACCAGAAUAAUUUAAACAAUAUUGCAUUUUUUUGUUACAUUUUUCAAGGGCUAAAGAUAUAAUAAUUAGUUAUCUGUAAUAAUAUAUUUCUCAUGGGAUCCCCAGGGGCGGAUCCAGGAUUUUUUUUAGGAGGGGGUGCACUCGACUCUUGCUCUACCUCAACACCAAUAAACCACAGUUUUUUUUUUUUGCGCAGAAUACCAGUUGUAUUAGAAAACCGCAGGUCAUCUCAGGGGGGGGGGGGGGGGGGGGGCAUGCGCUCCCCCUAGAUCUGCCCCUGAUCCCUAGAAAAUAAAUGUCAAAUUUCACAAGAAUUGUGAAAACACAGGUGAAAGUCCGAAAAUUUCAUAUGUAAGGUGUCAUUUUGUGAAAUUUGACAUUUAUUUUCUCCGGCUCUCAUGAGAAAUUUUCUUUGGUGUUAUUACAGAUAACGAAUUACAUCUAUAGCCCUUGGAAAAUGUAAAAAAGAAUGUGAUAUUAUUAUCUUAAAUUAAUCUGCUACAAGGUUUUUGUCCACUGAAAAUUAAAAUUACUCAAUUUCCUGAUGGAUUACGUCUUAAUAAUUAAAAAGGUAAAAUAGAGUUCAAUUUUACAAAAAAAAAUCCUGCAAGAAGAGGGCCUUUAAUCUUCCUAAAUACCAGGAAGUCUAGGAUGAUCGAAGGGCCUCACAGGGUAGAUAGAUGAAUUGACAACAACAGUCUUGUAUGUCGGUCUAGCUAGUACAGUGCAAAGCCUGCAUUGGUGAUACAUACAGAGAUGGAUCUAACGGAGGCAAAGACGGCCUUCAUCUCAUUUUUAGUCCAAGAGUACAAGAUCUACAAAACAAAACUUUUGCAUAUUCUUAUUCCAGAAUACAAUCAAUCGAAUGCACCCUAUUAAAAAAGUCAGCAAGGAGCAGGAGUCCUUUAAAUCACAUCACAUGUUCAUGUAGAAAUAAUUAAACUGAUGGGGCACAUAAAAAGGAUUUGCACUGAAAAAAAGUGAAGACUGCCUUUCACCAUCAUUACAUAUUAAUUUAAGAAUGGCAGUCGUAUAAAUAUACAGUCAACUCUAACAAUGAACAGCUCUUUACGAUGGACACCUCCCUAAAAUGAACACCUAGAGUUGGCCUUAAUUUGCCACUCUUUGUAACUGUCCCAUUUUUAAAACUGCAUGCUUGCGGAGUUGCCACCUUUAUAGUAUGAAUCUUACAGAGAGUUGACAGUAGAAGUUAUAAUAUUGAGAAAGUUGCAAAAUAUGUUUUGUUUAAUGUCUUCAACAGCAACAUUCAAAACUCCAGCGCCAGGAGCCUAUUCCCCAGAAAAGGUUCAUCCGCAGGGUGAAAGACACGCCCCGGCAUACUCAAUGGGCAGUAGAUCUCGAUACAGAAAACGUAAGUAUACUCACUUCUAUCCUGCCCUGCUCAAUUCAUCUGAUUUGAUAAAAGAAAACAAAGAAAUUGGCAUCUGAGGACAAUCAGGGGAUCCAUAAAAACUCAAAAUCCUGGAGACUACCUGUGUAGCAACCUUUCAACAGCUCAAGUUGUUUCGUUCAAAGUAUGCUUUGCACAAAUCAAGUGUUAGUAAGCAUGACAACUAGCUCACAUGUUCUAUUUGUGGUUAAUCUAAGAUUGGAUUUAUAACUGAGCUUCAAAAACUCAGUUUAAUUAUCUGCCAAUCCAUUUCGAGUCUCACUUACAAAAACUUCAAUCUCCAAAAUUAUUAAUGAAGACUCCACAAUAAUAACACCCAAGUUUGCUUGGAGCCUGUCUGAAUUGCACAGAUAGGCUCAUUAAGCUAACAACUUUACACAAAACUUGAGAAUAGGGUGUUAACAUUACUUUUUUGCUUUUAGGUGAUGCCACUCCCUCUCCUAACUCAUACACCCUGCCACCACUUCUUGGCCCAAAAGUCCCAAACAAAGGCUCCUCAGCCUGCUUCUCAAUGACCAGCCGAGCAAAAACUGGUGGAUUUUCUGAGGACCUUGCUAAGACUCCAGGACCAGGGAGAUACCAAACAGUGGAUCCAAGUACCUAUAAGAGAAAAAGCCCUGCCUAUUCUAUGUUACAGCGAAACUUCAUGCCUGGAGGUAACGUUAACAUUGUUUUGCUUUCAUUCACCAUGACCUUCUAAGUUAAAAUGUGUCCUAGGUAUAGUGUUGUUCCUCAAGAUGGCCUAGUUUUAAAAAGAUGUACCUUAACUUAUAAUGGCUUCUUGAAACUGACCUCAAGGUUUUCAACCCUUUAAGCCCCAAGAUCUACAAACAAAUUCUCAUGACUGAUCUCCAUACAUUUCUUCUAAGAAUAGUUGAGAGAAUUUGGUUUAAGAUCAAAGAGUCAUCCCUUUGGUAAUCAGUUUAGUAAUUCUCAUAACCUUAACUGAUGAUGUGCUGAUGUUGUUAGGAGAAAAUUGAUGUUGGUCACUCUUGGGGCCUUAAUGGGUUAAGGGAUAAACAUUAUAAGAAAUUUUAUCAGUGACUUCCAGUGAGAUUAGUGGAGUAUAUCACAAAGAAAAAGCUACAGAACACAAGUUGCGGAGGAGACAUGUCCCUCACCGGGAUACUCCUGCAGCCUAUCCAUAGGCUACUCAGAGCAGGAUUGUCAAAAGUAGCCGGAUGCGGGCGAAAAUCGCCGCCUACUUGUACCGAUGAUGUUUUUUUACAUAAAAAUUCCCUGGACUGGCUGCUUACUUUGACAACCCAGCCAUCUACUUCAAAACUUUCUGACACCCCUGUCAGAGAGUAUGUAAUACCACAUCCUAUUGGGAGUCUCUUUUGAUCCAAUAAAAUAUAUAGAAAAUCUCUCCUUUUAAGUAAAAUCAGAAAAGGGGGUUGACUGCAUGUUUUGCUACAGAGUUUUAAUCAUGGCUUCCUUUAUUUUACAGACUCAACACAGAAGCCCGGUCCUGGUGCACACAGCCCCGAGAAGGUGGAACUCAACAAACCCGCUGCACCCAAAUUUUCACUUGGAAUCAGACACAGCGAAUUUGUCACACCUCUUAUCAUCGAUGUUACAGAUUAAUUCUAUUUCUUGUUAGUUGCCAUGAAUUUUACUUUAUUUCUUUUCUACCAUUAAUUUUCGACAAAAGAAAAAAAAAAGAAAGAGACAAAGAAGCAUCUCCAAUAAUUUAUAAUAGUGUAAAAUGAAAGAUAAUUGCUAUGACCUUUGAAUGAGUGUUGAAAAUGAAUAAAAAUAUACUGCUGCAGCU